AUGUUACCUUUUCAUUCUAUUAUUAUUGAUCUACAUCAUCACUGUACUUGGAAACAUGUCUAUAAUUCUUGCCUACAUGCUGAGCUUAAACCUUCAGACCCCCAUGUAUUUUUUCUUGCCAACUUUUCUCUACUGGAGAUUUGCUACGUAAGCGGUACAUCACCCAAAAUGCUGUCUGUAUUACUAUCACAAGACAAGACAAGUCAGUCUCUCUGUAUGGUUGUGCCACACAACUCUUUGGUGGUUUGUUGUUGGGUGGUUCCUCCGAGUGUUACUUACUUACAAGCAUGGCCUAUGAUCGGUAUAAUGAUAUAUGUCACCCCAUUAUUAUAUAAUAGUAUUAUGAACAAAAUUGCUUGUAGAUUACUUUUACUUGGGUCAUACCUUAUGGGUGUGCUCAGCGCUGUAACACACACCUCUCCAGGGGCGGACUGA